CGACCCCCCCCUCCGGACCCCGCCCGCACCCCGCCCCCCCUCCGCCGCCGCCGCGGCGGCGGGGCCCGGCGGCCCGAGCCGUGCAAUCAGAGAUCCUUGUGCAUGAAGACAGAUUUGUUCUAUGGCCUCGGAGUUGGGUGCCGGGGACGAUGGCGGCUGUAGUGAGCUGGCAAAGCCCCUCUAUCUUCAGUGCCUGGAGAGGGCCCUCCGGCUGGACCAUUUCCUGCGGCAAACGUCUGCCAUCUUCAACAGGAAUAUUUCUAGUGAUGAAAGUGAAGAUGGACUGGAUGACAGUAAUCCUUUAUUGCCCCAGUCUGGGGAUCCCUUAAUACAAGUUAAGGAAGAACCUCCAAAUUCAUUGCUUGGUGAAACUUCUGGAGCAAGCAAUUCCGGAAUGUUAAACACAUACUCACUGAAUGGAGUUCUACAGUCAGAAUCGAAAUCUGACAAAGGGAAUUUAUAUAACUUCUCUAAAUUGAAGAAAAGCAGAAAGUGGCUAAAGAGCAUUCUGCUAAGUGAUGAGUCUAGUGAGGCAGAUUCUCAGAGUGAAGACAAUGAUGAAGAAGAGGAGGAAGAAGAACUCAGUCUCAGCAGAGAAGAACUUCAUAACAUGUUGCGACUGCACAAAUACAAGAAACUUCAUCAGAAUAAGUACAGUAAAGACAAGGAGUUGCAGCAAUACCAAUAUUACAGUGCAGGCCUGCUCUCCACAUAUGACCCUUUCUAUGAGCAACAACGGCACCUACUUGGACCCAAAAAAAAGAAAUUCAAGGAGGAAAAGAAGCUUAAAGCUAAGUUGAAAAAAGUGAAGAAAAAAAGGCGAAGGGAUGAAGAACUUUCCUCUGAAGAAUCCCCUCGUCGCCACCACCACCAGACCAAAGUCUUUGCCAAGUUCUCUCAUGAUGCACCUCCUCCUGGCAUCAAGAAGAAGCACUUGUCUAUUGAGCAGCUUAAUGCUCGUCGCAGGAAAGUAUGGCUUAGCAUUGUGAAAAAGGAACUACCAAAGGCCAACAAGCAGAAAGCUUCAGCUCGUAACCUGUUUCUCACCAAUAGCCGAAAGCUUGCCCACCAGUGCAUGAAAGAGGUGCGUCGAGCUGCCUUGCAGGCUCAAAAGAACUGUAAAGAGACCUUGCCUCGUGCACGCCGCCUCACCAAGGAGAUGCUUCUGUACUGGAAGAAGUAUGAGAAGGUGGAGAAGGAACACCGCAAACGUGCAGAGAAGGAAGCCUUGGAACAGCGGAAGUUGGAUGAGGAAAUGCGGGAGGCCAAGAGGCAACAGCGAAAACUGAACUUCCUGAUCACCCAGACAGAAUUAUAUGCCCAUUUCAUGAGUCGCAAACGAGACAUGGGUCAUGAUGGGAUCCAGGAAGAAAUCCUAAGAAAACUGGAAGACAGUUCUACCCAGAGACAAAUUGACAUUGGUGGAGGGGUGGUAGUUAACAUCACACAGGAGGAUUAUGAUAGUAACCAUUUCAAAGCCCAGGCCCUGAAGAAUGCUGAAAAUGCUUACCAUAUUCAUCAAGCUCGGACAAGGUCAUUUGAUGAAGAUGCAAAAGAAAGUCGUGCAGCUGCCCUACGGGCAGCAAACAAGUUUGGCACUGGAUUUGGGGAGAGUUACAGCCUGGCAAACCCAUCUAUCCGGGCUGGUGAGGAUAUUCCACAGCCUACAAUUUUUAAUGGCAAAUUGAAAGGUUAUCAGCUGAAAGGCAUGAAUUGGUUGGCAAAUCUCUAUGAACAGGGUAUUAAUGGCAUUCUUGCAGAUGAAAUGGGCCUUGGUAAAACAGUACAGAGCAUUGCCCUCCUGGCCCAUCUGGCUGAGAGAGAGAACAUUUGGGGACCUUUCUUAAUAAUUUCACCUGCUUCUACACUUAACAAUUGGCACCAGGAGUUUACUAGAUUUGUUCCUAAAUUUAAGGUGCUACCAUAUUGGGGAAAUCCUCAUGAUAGGAAAGUCAUCAGGAGGUUUUGGAGUCAGAAGACCCUCUAUACUCAGGAUGCCCCCUUCCACGUGGUUAUCACCAGCUACCAGCUGGUGGUGCAGGAUGUAAAGUACUUCCAGCGGGUCAAGUGGCAGUACAUGGUAUUGGAUGAGGCUCAGGCGCUCAAAAGUAGUUCCAGUGUUCGUUGGAAGAUCCUCUUACAGUUUCAGUGUCGGAAUCGGCUUUUGCUAACUGGGACCCCCAUUCAGAACACCAUGGCAGAGCUCUGGGCUCUGCUUCAUUUCAUUAUGCCAACAUUAUUUGAUUCACAUGAGGAAUUUAAUGAAUGGUUUUCCAAGGACAUUGAGAGCCACGCCGAAAACAAAUCUGCCAUUGAUGAGAAUCAACUCUCUCGCUUACACAUGAUCCUGAAGCCAUUUAUGCUGAGGAGAAUCAAGAAAGAUGUGGAAAAUGAAUUGUCUGACAAGAUUGAGAUUCUAAUGUAUUGCCAACUGACCAGCCGACAGAAGCUGCUAUAUCAGGCACUAAAAAACAAAAUUUCCAUUGAGGAUUUAUUGCAGUCUUCUAUGGGCUCUACCCAGCAAGCACAGACCACCACCAGCAGCCUCAUGAAUCUGGUCAUGCAAUUUAGGAAGGUAUGUAAUCACCCAGAGUUAUUUGAACGACAAGAAACUUGGUCUCCAUUUCAUAUUUCCCUAAAGCCAUACCAGAUUUCAAAGUUUAUAUACCGUCAUGGACAGAUCAGGGUCUUCAAUCAUUCACGGGACAGGUGGUUAAGGGUUCUUCUUUCUCCAUUUGCACCAGACUACAUCCAAGAGUCUCUCUUUCACAGAAAAGGUGUUAAUGAAGAAAGCUGUUUCUCUUUCCUUCGCUUUAUUGAUGUAUCUCCAGCAGAAAUGGCAAACCUCAUGCUUCAGGGACUUUUGGCCAGAUGGUUAGCUCUUUUCCUGUCUCUGAAAGCCUCCUACAGGCUCCAUCAGCUGCGCUGCUGGGGAGAGCCAGAAGGGGAGAGCCAGCAGAGAUACCUGAGGAACAAGGAUUUCCUUCUUGGGGUUAAUUUUCCACUCUCCUUUCCCAACCUUUGCAGCUGCCCUUUGUUAAAGUCUCUGGUUUUCAGCAGCCACUGUAAAGCAGUGAGUGGCUACUCAGACCAGGUCAUCCAUCAGCGGAGAUCAGCUACCUCCUCACUUCGUUGCUGCCUGCUCACUGAGCUGCCAUCUUUUUUGUGUGUGGCCAGUCCACGAGUCACCGCAGUGCCAUUGGAUUCUUACUGCAAUGACCGAAGUGCAGAAUAUGAGAGGCGAGUGCUGAAGGAAGGAGGGAGUCUGGCAGCCAAGCAGUGUUUGUUGAAUGGGGCCCCUGAACUGGCAGCAGACUGGCUAAAUCGACGAUCCCAGUUCUUCCCAGAGCCAGCUGGAGGAUUGUGGAGCAUCAGGCCUCAGAACGGCUGGUCUUUCAUUAGGAUUCCAGGCAAAGAGAGCCUCAUCACUGACAGUGGAAAGCUGUAUGCCCUUGAUGUCCUGCUGACUCGACUCAAGUCUCAAGGACAUAGGGUCCUUAUCUACUCUCAGAUGACCAGGAUGAUAGACCUGCUGGAGGAAUAUAUGGUUUAUAGGAAGCAUACCUACAUGAGGCUUGAUGGCUCAUCCAAGAUCUCAGAGAGGCGGGACAUGGUUGCUGAUUUUCAGAACAGGAAUGACAUCUUUGUGUUCCUACUAAGCACACGAGCUGGAGGGCUGGGUAUCAAUCUCACUGCUGCAGAUACAGUGAUUUUCUAUGAUAGUGACUGGAACCCCACUGUGGACCAGCAGGCCAUGGACAGGGCCCACCGCUUGGGGCAGACAAAGCAGGUUACUGUGUACCGGCUCAUCUGUAAAGGCACCAUUGAAGAACGCAUUCUGCAGCGAGCCAAGGAGAAGAGUGAGAUUCAACGGAUGGUGAUUUCUGGUGGGAACUUCAAACCAGAUACCUUGAAACCCAAAGAGGUGGUUAGUCUUCUUCUAGAUGAUGAAGAGUUGGAGAAGAAACUGAGACUGCGGCAAGAAGAGAAACGGCAGCAGGAGGAAACCAACCGAGUUAAAGAACGCAAGCGCAAGCGGGAAAAAUAUGCAGAGAAGAAAAAGGAAGAUGAAUUGGAUGGGAAAAGGAGAAAAGAGGGUAUGAACCUAGUGAUCCCGUUUGUUCCCUCGGCUGAUAACUCCAACCUCUCUGCCGAUGGGGAUGACUCAUUCAUCAGCGUGGACUCCGCCAUGCCCAGCCCGUUCAGUGAGAUCUCUAUCAGCAGUGAGCUGCACACUGGCUCCAUUCCCCCUGACGAGAGCAGCAGUGACAUGCUGGUUAUUGUUGAUGACCCAGCCUCCUCAGCCCCUCAGUCUCGAGCCACCAACUCUCCUGCUUCCAUAACGGGCUCUGUCUCAGACACCGUGAACGGAAUUUCCAUUCAGGAAAUGCCAGCUGCAGGACGAGGCCACUCAGCCCGAAGCCGAGGCCGCCCCAAAGGUUCAGGAAGCACAGCCAAAGGAGCAGGGAAAGGCCGGAGCCGGAAGUCCACCGCAGGCAGUGCUGCCGCAAUGGCAGGAGCCAAAGCAGGGGCUGCAGCGGCCUCCGCAGCUGCCUAUGCUGCAUACGGGUACAACGUGUCUAAAGGAAUCUCUGCCAGCAGUCCUCUGCAGACUUCCCUUGUUCGGCCUGCUGGCCUUGCUGACUUUGGACCUUCAAGCGCCUCUUCUCCCUUGAGUUCCCCUUUAAACAAAGGAAAUAAUGUUCCUGGGACUCCCAAGAGCCUCCACUUGACCAGCAGCCUAGCCCCAGACUCCCUGGUCCGGAAACAGGGCAAAGGCACCCACUCCUCUGGAGGACGGUAACCACCUGGGCUCUCCAGCUUCCGUCACCCAAACCAGGGGCUAGAGUCCUGGCCUGUAAAUGAUCUUUGGAUGGCUUGCCCAGUGCAGCAUCUUACAUCACAGGUCAGAGGGCAGAGAUGACCAGUCGCAGCAAGGGAAGGACAGGCAGGUGGUUAGUGUGAGCACUUAUAUCACCUGUGUCUCAAGAGGAGUGCUCUGGGGUUGCCUAUAGGAGGAAGGCCCAAGGACAGCAGUCAGCUCCGCAGCAUCUCAAAUGAGCUUUAUAGCCACGUCUUAAACCUCGUGCUGGGGAAGGGCCUGACAGAGACCCCCUUUAGAUGCUGAGGCACACUGUCUCCAUCCCCAUUCCACUCUUUGGCUCUGGCCAUUUCCUUUGCAAAGGCUCCACGAUUGCUGUGAAGAGCCUCUCAUGGUGGAGACUUCUCUUAGGGCUGUGAUUUCCUACAGGGCCAGGAAGGGAGGAAAUCAUGUACCUGGCGUCCUCAGUCUUUGGGCAGCUCCCCAGGUUUCCAAACCCCAUUUGCCAGAGUGUCACCAUUGAAGAGUGCAGUGAGUGUGAGAGAAGAUAGUGGCUUGUGAGGAUGACAGAAGGCUGGAGGAAGCGUGCUCAAAGGCAGCUAUUUUCCCAGCAUUUCCUCCCUUGUCCUGCAUGGUUCACACCAGAGAACCUUCAGGUCCCACCAGCAACAGUAGCAGCAGCUCCCACCCCGGGACUCCCAGAAGCCAGUAAAGAGACCAGGAGCCACCUCAAUCAGCAGGACAUCCUCACUGCCCCUCUUGCAGUCUCCCCUUGCCCUUCCUGAAUGCACAGUCUCCCCACCCUUGCCCUUCAGCCCCCUGCUUGGCUGUAUGCACUGUCUGUAUUGCACUGAGAAAGGAGGGGACAGCAGGAGUGAGGUGGAGAGGAUUGAGAGAGGGCAAGUUCAGCACCAACCCUUCUAGCCCCAGCCCCACCAGCCUGAGCUUGCUUCCCUCCAGGAAAGGCAAAGGGGUGGUGUUUGCACGGGAGGUGUUUCUGCCUGCCCCCAGCCUAAUGUCCCUGGUGGAGCAGGUGCUUCCAGGCGGGCCAGCCUCUAAUUUGCACACCUGAAAAUCGCGGAAUUGAGUUUAGAUAGAUUGAUUUUUAAAACUUUUUUUGGAGUAAGGGUGGUAGGGGAAUCAUUUAAUUUAAAUCAUUAAGAGUCCCCUGCCCAAUCCCAGACUCCUGUGUACAGAUGCUAUUUAGAGGGAAUCAGAAAAAUGCCAAGCCUUUUUUUCUCUUUGAAUGUGCUGUCUAUUUUUAUAACUGAACUUGUACAUAUGUAUAAAGAGAGACACAUCUUUCUUUUACUAACUGGAGAAAAAAAUCUUAAAUAAAAUGGAGUGAGAUAAUUUUAUGUAAA